AUGGAGGAAGAUCCAACAUGGAUAGAUACCUUCUUCUCAGGAAAAACGCCGCCCUUCAAAGUGUUGGAUGAACCCCAAGGUCUGACGACCUUCCACUUUCCUGUCCCCGACAGACAAUGGAUUUUCGGACGAAGAUUACACGAACAUAAUGGCAGCCCGAUCGUGGUCUUCCGGCUAUACGCCAAAGAGGAUGGUGUUAAGACGAGCUAUGCUGCAAAGACAUUUCCAGAAUACACUCUAAACCACGCCCAAGAGCAAUGGUAUCGCAUCCCGUCGACAUGGUACACCACGCAAGACAUAAAAGACGAAUUUGAUAGCUUCCUCAACGAGACUCGAGCAUUCGAGCAUAUUAACCGUGUCUGUCCGGAGGCACAGAAAAUAUACUUUCCCAGAUACCACGGCAUCCUCAUACCUAUCGACCGGCGCAAGUUUGACCGCCGAUUCCAGCCACGGAACCAAGCCGUGAUACUUGAAUCCAUAACGCCGGAUACGAACACCCGGCGGAUUCCAUGCAAGCAACUAACCUCCGCCCCUGCCUUCGACCGAGUCCUUUAA